AUUCCUUCUCUAAUUCUCUAUUCAGUGUUCUUUUGCACAGAUGUUAACAGAUGUUCCGACACACUAAGAGCUGUUUAUGCGAUUACGCGGAAGAUUUGAGAAGUCCUUACAGGAGUGCGUGUUUUUUUGGGGAUCGCCGCGGCGGCAACGAUUUCUUCAAAAAUCCGCGACGUCACUCGUAGAGUUUUUGUGCUUUUGAUUUUCCUCGGAUUGACGGAAUCGCAAAAACGCGCGAAACGGUUCUUCGUACGCUCUUUCGCGGUGAUGUUUGUCGGUAAACGAGACCUUUUAGCUGUGAUCGAAGACGACCUUGGCUGAAAGCGCACCGCGAUGACGCCACGUGACGCGUCUCGACCCGAACCUGCGCAAACUCUGCGGUGAUUUUGGAAAAUUGCACGCUGCGAAGAUUACCGCGGCGUUUACGUGAUUUGCGUUCGUUUCCGCGAUUUGUAAAAUCGUUACAAUUCCGGAGGGACUGCUUAACGCCUGUAAAACUACAGCUCGGAUACCAAACGUUUAGCAGUUCGGGUUGUCCGAACUUCUCACCUGUUGAAGGAAAUGAAUGAUUCAUUAUGAAUUAUUUGUUUGUUUGUUUGUUUGCUUUUUUAUUUUUUUUUAAAAAUGAGGCUAAUUUCAUACAUAACAUGGCGUUAGUGUUCUCACAGUGCUGACGUUGCACCUGAAUGGAAUAUGAGUCAAAGACAAAUGCAAAGAGAAGUGUGUGUGUGUGUGUGUGUGUGUGUAUGUGUGUGUGUGUGUGAGAGAGAGAGAGAGAGAGAUACAGAGUGCAGUUUUGAUUUGAGUCAGAGAGUUUGUGUAGGACGAAUCUCUUCUCUCUCCAUCUCUUCUUUCAGUUUAUCUCCAUCUCUAUCUUCUUGCUCCAUCUCCUACAGAAUGUAUUAAUUCUAUGUUUGUGUAUGAGUGUGUGUGUGUGUGUGUGCACGUGUGUUACGGUCCAUGUGAUCUCCAGCCACUUAGUACAAGUGUGUGUGUGCGUGUGUGUGUGUGUGUGUGUGUGUGUGUGUGUGUGUGUUUCUCAGUGAGUAAGACGAGUGGGCGAGAGCAGCAACUGGUCUGCUGUUGCAUGGCAAGAUAUUACUCAUUUCCUUAGCUGUGUGUACACACACACACACACACACGCGCGCGCGCGCACACUCGCUCUCUUUGCAGGCUCUCGACGUCUUGUGACUCCUCGGUUGUGUCUGUAUUGGUGUGUUUGUGUGUUGAAGGCCUGUUGCCAUUGCUGUGUGUGUGUGUGUGUGUGUGUGGAAGAAAAGUGGGGACCUGUAAGUGCGUUACACACGCGGAGAAUUUUAGCCACUGCACGGAUAGCUGCUCUGCCCACUCAAAGGCGAGCAAUUCUGAGCGCAGGUCCGAGUGAGUUGCGAUCUUGUGCGUGAUGCUGUUCAGCCGAGAAUCUUGCCACCAUCCGGACCCCUCGUUCUCCCCAUCAGCCCAUGUGACCUAGUUUUGGCCCCUCAGGCCUGGGGGAGACCCCAUGAAUCCCAGCCUCCCCCCGAAAAAGCGCGAGUCCCGGCAAGGCUCGUCUGAACAACGCCCCCCGGAGGACGAGUUCAAAUACCCGGCACCGCUUCGACACCGGAGACAAUACCUUUCCGAAGGGCAGGAACACGUACCACGUGGCGAUAAAGAAUUCCUUCCACCUCCUCCACCACCUCCCCCACCCCAACUUCCAGCCCUUCCGUUUCCCCUAUCAUGGCAGCUGCCCUACCACUCAUCCCUUCACCACCCAUACCUUUCUGGCCAGGUGAGAGAAAGACGUGGCUCAGGUUCACCUUCCUGGAGAGAUGGAUCAAGUGGACGGAGGUCAGAAGGUGAAACUGAACCGCCAAUUCCUCACCACUCUCGCUGGCUACGAGGAGAAAUCAAUUCCCUUGGUUUGCAUCCGUCCAUGUCGAUGCCUACAUACAAGGGCACUUAUGCAGUCGAUUCCAGGGACAUGUGGCCCUAUUUCAGGCGAGACUAUGCCUCCUCUCUCUUCCCUUCAUCAUCCUCCUCACACCUUUUCCCACAAACAUCACUCUACCACAAUGAUUUUCUUUCAGAAAGCAGGCUCAGGUACUCAAGCAGGAGACAUAAUGGUCUCGAUGGACAAGGCAUUAGAUCAGAAUCCAGUGGAAGGGUGGAAAGUGGAAGUGACUCUCAACCAAGAGUUGGUGGUUCCCACUCCAACGGAAGGAAGAAGAAUCAAGAAGAUCUGGUAGGGCGCGAUACAAGGAGGGUAUCCCCGUCCCAGGUGGGUCCUAAUGCACAUUCCUUCCAUCACAAUACGGACAGGGACUCUCUGGCAAUCCUAAAACCUCCAACUCCCCACACAUACACCUCUGAAACACGAAAGACAAAGGCUUCUCAUGAGCCUUCCGUUGGAAGUGCCUCCCAAUCAGGAGCUCAGAUCUACUAUGCCCUGGGGUCUCUGUACUCCUCAGUUCACCAUAACCCUCAGGCAUACCCCAGUUUUAAUCCCUCAGGUCCUCCUCCAUCCCCUCUGAGGAACUCCCAGCACUCUCCUCAUGGUCAGCACAACAACCAUGGGGUCUAUCAGGAGCGAGAACUUUCACCAGGAUCCUAUCGACCCUCUGUUUCAGUCCUCAGUGGUCCUGACCCACCAACAAGUGCAGUCCUACCUCAUUUUGCCAAGGGUUCCCUUAUUGAGUUGGCCGGUGGCCGUCUGAAAAGGGUGGAAGAGUUACAGACGGAGGAUUUCCUGCACAGCGCCGACACCACACCUGAGUUCCACCUGAGUACCUGCACCAUCCUACUCAUCUCACCUGGACCCACCGAUGGCUUCAAUCAUCUGCAGGUUUUGCUUGCCGACUGCAACACUCAGGAAUUGCUCACGGUUUUGGAGGAGUAUCCAUUUUUUGUGCGGGACAGAGGCUGGUCUUCAUGCAGUCCUCAGAGGAGCGCCGAGCUUUACGGCCUCCACUGCCGCCAGCUCAGUCCGGGAGACGUCUGCCUGGCUUUGACCCCUACGCCAACCUCAUUGCCCUCGACAGCAACAACAACCUUGACACCUAUGCCCAACUCACUGACCCCAGUGGCCACCUUAGCCUCCUCAGUGACCUCGACGAUGAACUCAUUGACCCCAUCGUUGACCUCGUUACCCCCGCCGAUGACCUCAUCGAUCCCGACACCCACCUCGCUGCAACAACUCUCAUGCAGUCGCAUUUCUGCAGGAUCAGAGACCAGCACACACGGAUCUGACAGAACGGCACCGCCCCUUGCCACAUCGCUUCCGUCUGAUUCCCGGCGGGAGAUCCAGGAUAAGCCACGCUCCCGAAAGAGACGCUGGUCCGCCCCCGAGUUGCAUGAAGGAAAUAGGAGCUGCACAGAUUUACCUCAAGGAUGUAAACGAAUGAGACAGCAGUAAGUCCUUAUUAAGAGACUGAGUUCCCUACCAAGAAGUGCUUUUAUUUCAUCACUUAUCAACAAUUAAUACAUUAUUGCUCAGUUUAUCCUGAUUAUUUUUUAAAAAUCUAUUGUUUUACAAUGGGAAAUAUAUGGUUUUAUAUAUAUAUAUAUAUAUAUAUAUAUAUAUAUAUAUAUAUA